AUUCAUCACAAAAAAUCUUUUUUUAGAGCAUGAAAUAAAUCUUCUUGAACAAAACAAAAAGGAGGAUGCUUUCCUGCCCACAGUUCUCAAUAACGGUCCAACCACCGUCAUCCCCAAGCCCCGGCCGCGCCACCGAGCAGCAAUGUCUCAACCUUCUCCAUUCCACCUCCUCCCUUCCCAAACUCCUCCAAGCCCUCGCCUUUCUCCUCAAAUCUGGUCUGCACUCCAACCUUCUCGUCCUCACUCGCUUCGCCGCGGCCGCCGGAUUCCUCGGCCCCGUCGCCACUGCCACGGCGGCGGCUCUCCUCUUCUCCCCCUGCUAUUCCCCUCUCCACCUCUACGACUCCUUCCUCCUAAACACCGUUCUCCAGUCUCUUUCCCCUUCCCCUCUCCACCCUCUCUCCCUCUUCUCUCUCAUGCUCCGCCUCCGCCUUUCUCCUAACCACUUCACCUUCCCUUUCCUCCUCAAAGCCAUUGCGGCGCUCCCCUCUCCCCUCCCCGCCGCCUCACUCGUUCAUGCCUCUGCCCUCCGCUUUGGUCUCGUCAGGGACUCCUUCGUCCAGAACACCCUCAUUCACGCCUAUGCUGCAGCUGGCGGCGUGGCCGCCCUCGACUUGGCCCGCAAGGUGUUCGACGAAACGCCCAAGUCAAGUCCCGUCACCUUUAGCGCCAUGAUCGGCGGCUACAUCCUCUCCGGCCGCUCCAACGAUGCCGUGGCCCUCUUUCGCCAAAUGCAGCUUACCAACAUCCGGCCAGAUGAUGUCACCAUCUUGACGAUCCUCUCAGCCUGCGUCGAUCUCGGCGCGCUCGACCUCACGGAGUGGCUUAAAUCCUACAUCGAAAGGGUGAAAAUACCCAAGAGCUUGUAUCUUUGCAACGCAUUGGUGGAUGCCCUGGCCAAAUGCGGGGAUGUGGAUAGCGCCAUGGAGGUGUUUGACGAAAUGCCUGAGAGGAACAUCGUAUCGUGGACGUCGGUGAUAGACGGGCUUGCGAUGCACGGCCGUGGAGUUGAAGCUGUACAGGUUUUUGAGGACAUGAAGAACACAGGGGUUGAACCAGAUGCUGUUGCAUUCAUUGGCGUGCUCAAAGCUUGCAGCCAUGGCGGGCUAGUCAGAGAUGGUCGUCGCUACUUCAAUUCAAUGACAAGGGAGUUUGAGAUUGAACCAAGGAUUGAGCAUUAUGGAUGCAUGGUGGACUUGUUCAGUCGAGCAGGAAAGGUGGAAGAAGCAAUGGAGUUUGUACGAGCUAUGCCUAUCAAGCCAAACCCAGUUAUAUGGAGAACUCUCAUUGCAGCUUGCAGAGUUUAUGGAAGACUUGAGCUUGGGGAGAAGGUCACAAAGCAAUUAAUCAAAGAGGAACCAUUAUAUGGCUCCAACUAUAUCCUCCUAUCAAACUUCUACGCUUUAAACAGGAGGUGGGAGAAGAAGUGGGAGAUCAGAAAGUCGAUGGAAGGGCAAGGAAUGCGUAAGGUUCCAGGAUUCAGUUCGUUUGAACUAAAUGGUGAGAUUUACGAGUUUGUUGCAGGAGGGGAGAAGAAGAAGCUUUCACAGUUCCAGGAGAUAUAUGAGAUGGUGGAGGAAAUUGCGAAGAAGCUGAAGGGCGCUGGGUACAUGGCCACCACAUCAGAGAUACUGCUGGAUAUUGAUGAAGAAGAUAAAGAGGAUGCAUUGCAUUGGCAUAGUGAGAAACUGGCCAUAGCCUUUGCUUUGCUGAAGACACCACCAGGAACAAAGAUCAGGAUUGUCAAGAACUUGAGGGUCUGUGGGGAUUGCCACUCUGCAACCAAAUUCAUAUCUAAGGUUUACCAGAGAGAGAUUGUUGUGAGAGAUCGGAGUCGUUUUCAUUGCUUCAAAGAUGGAAUUUGUUCAUGCAAAGACUUUUGGUGAGGAGGUGCCUAAAUAAUAUUUACUCAGGUUUGAGAUUCCUACGUAUGCAUGAGUCUUGUUAUGCAUGCUUUAUUAAAAAUUUGUUUAGGAGAUCAAAAUAAAUUAAAAAUGGUUUGAUUUUUGGCUUGAAUUAGAGUUAACGAGCCUUGCAUGGCAUGGCUCGAAUCAAGAUAGAUUAGAUCAAUCCUUAUGCAAACUUGGCUCAAAAUUGGAUUGAAUGACUUUGACCUUAUUGAACCAUUUGGGACUGCUUAAAUUUUGUAUUAAAAAUUUGUUUUAAGAAGCAGUAAGAAAAUCGUCCCAAACGAAGAUUUCAUCAACCCAGGAUCUAAUUUAUGUCCUAAUUUUAAUUUUGUUACUUGUUUGUAUAACUAAUACUUAAUUAAUAGCUAUAAGUUGUUAUUUU